CCCCACCUCAACACGCACGCACGCACACACAAUUUGUUUUUCAGUAAAAGAUGAUCAUCUGUAAUGUGACAGGACUAAUUGAGGAGGGGCACCAGGGGUGCAUAGAAUUACUUUGUUAGAUUCAUGAUGCUUCUCUCUCGCAUGUAGACAAACUACCUUUCAAUUUAGAGUUUCCAAUGAAGCUAACAUACAUGUUUUUAGAACGUGGGAGGAAAGCGGAGUACCUGGAGAAAACCCACACACGCAAACUCCACACAGAGAUGCCCAACGGAGAUUGGAACCCAGGUCUUCGCCAUCUCCUGACUGUGUGGCCAACAUGCUAACCACCAGGCCACCGUGCAACUGAGCAAAGUCGGAUGAGCGGCUUGUCAGAAGCUCCAGAGAUGCAGACUCCAGCUCUCGGCGCCCGGUUCCCGGUGGUGGGGCCCCGGGGCAAGGUGACCGGCAGGAAGAGGGGGCGGCCCCCGACCCGGAAGAUGGACUUUCAAGACCUCUACGUGGCGUCUCUGUCGGCCCUCAAGAUGCCCAAGAAGAGAGGAAGGAAGCCCGGCUUUAAGCUGAAGCCCAGGAUGGAGACGUCCCCCCUAGCUAGCUCACCUCCCAGCAGCACACCAGAACCAGAGCUGGGCUCCCUCCCCCGGGACGCCGCCAUCGUGCCCCACUCUGCAAAGCCACAGGUCCUGACAGAAACAUCAGUCCCUGAUGACUUCCUGUGUGAGCCCUCGUUGGACCCCGUGCGCUACAAGUCCGCUUUGGCUGCGAUGGCAUCACAAUACAACCUAAACCAUGCUUACGGGGGCGGGAUGACACCUAUGGGACUGUGCAGGCCAGCGUACAGCCCUGAGAGAUUCCAAGAGGGAAACCGGAAUGGUGACUUGUUUACUUUCACCAUUAUUGGAAUUACUAGAAAUGAAGACACAAACGCGUAUGACGACAUGCGCGUGCGUGUGCAAGUGUGUGGUUCAGUUCACAGUGCGACGGCUGAGGCGGGAGAGCCCACACAUCCUGCAGUGAAGGACCCGUCCAGCUGGGGCGUGGACGAGGUGGUCUGGUUUAUCAAAGACGCGGACCCUCAGGCUCUAGGACCUCACGCUGAGACCUUCAGAAAACACGAGAUCGAUGGCGAUGCCUUGCUGCUGCUGAAGAGUGAGAUGAUGAUGAAGUAUCUCGGACUGAAGCUGGGCCCGGCGCUCAAACUGUGUUACCACAUAGACAGGCUCAAACAGAACCGCGUGUGAUUCUGCAUUAGCACUGCCACCAGGAGCUAAGCUGGCACCUGCACCAGAGUUCUACUGCGUUUGCAUCUGGCCUGGGGGUCCAAACGGACGGCAGCUAUCGUGGACGUGACUCUUCAGCACACAACCAACUCACUGUUUCUUGUUAAGGUGAACACUGGUGCUGCACGACUACUCAAGGAACAAUGCAACUGAAAUAAAAGUGUACGCUGACUACUCUAAAGUUUGACUUCUCCCCUGUGAAAAGUUACUGUAUGCAGACUAAAACGUCUAUGGCGCUUAUACCUCACUAUCAAUAAGAUACAGUAUUUUCGAAGUGAAAGCAGGAUGGAGCAAAGUUCUUUUACUUCCUGUCACUGCCUCUCAUACAUCUUAAAUACAGCACUGUGGGACUUCAAAAUAAGACAACACUUUAUCUUAUGUUUAUUGUUGACUUGCCGAAUGUUGGAGCAGUAUUUGAUUUUCAAUUAUGUUUAGUAUUAUGUUUAAUAACUUAUUCCCAUUGAAUCGGGGCGUGUAAAGGCAAGAAUGAACCAUCAGUGUAUGCUUUUACGUGUUUCCUGCAUUGAAACUUGUGUCAAAUAUUGACAUGUUAUGGUUUUGCUUACAUGCCAUCAGUUAAAGUGAGCGGCGUGACUGCAUUAAACUUUUAACCUUAUCAUUUUAGUCAUUUGUCACUCAUGAAUUACAUGCUGAAUUUUCAAAGUGGGACACGAGAAGCAAAAUAGAUAUACAUACGUAUGUACAGAUAUAAUAAAUGUUACCUUACUUUAAUUCACCAGAGCUCAUUACAGUUGUUCCUAACGCCGCAUCGAGUGGGUUUGUCCACUGCUGCGAUACGU